AUGGCGGACCAGCUGACCAUGAGGCAGGUGUUCACCGGGAUACAAGCCGUCGUUGCCAGUGGUCACUUUAUGACUAUAGACGGUAUACCAUUAAGUAACCUCUCCCUUCGCUGGGCCGACAACGAGCCCAACAAUGCGAACAACAACGAAGACUGCCUGGUCAUGAACGGCGAGAGCGAAGUAGCUGACGUUAAUUGUGCAAAUGUAUAUCCUUUCUUUUGUACUAAGAAGAGCUCGAAGAUGACCGUUAAUAAGUGUGGCACUACGGACAGUGAGUACCACUUGGAGCCACGCACCGGCAGCUGCUACAAGUUCCACAAGAUCCCUCGGACCUGGCACCAGGCCGCCGCCGCCUGCUUUUCUGAAGGAGCCCAUCUCGCUAUCAUCAACAGUCCUAUAGAGUCCCAGGUCCUAAAGGAGUUGUUCGCGAAGUACCCUGAGAACACGUUGCGGGUGAAAUAUCCGCAUGUUGCCAUGAUUGGCUUUUGGGACUGGAAUGAACACGCAAGGAAUGGAGAUUGGUUGACAAUUUUUGGAGAGACACUAACCGACGCUGGUUUCUCAACAUGGGGUCGGAAUGAGCCGAACAACGCGUACGGGAUCGAGUUCUGCGGCUCCAUAGUCCGCGACGGACUGCUCAACGAUUUCGAGUGCAACACCACUGCUGUAUACAUCUGCGAGGUUACUCGCACAUAAAGGCUCAUUUCGGAUUGAGCAGAUUAUAACCGCGGGCCAGGAGCAUGUAUCUUCAGUCAUGGCCUCCCGGCAGAUACUUUGUCAGAUGAUAGUUUAGAAUUUAGAUACUUACUAAUGAUGCUGUCAUGAAUUAAAAAAAUAGUCAGCCGUUUGUAUCGCGGUGGAAAGACCGUCAGCUGGUCACAUGAACAUGUAAAAGAUACGCGCCUUACCAUUUAUGUCCGCAAAGUAUAAUGCGUAAUCCGUUUAUUCAAAAAUGUAAUAAUGUAAAUGUAAAAAGAGCGUACCUGGGUCGCCUAGCAGGAGGACGUCCUAUCGGACGCCCUAGGUAUCGCUGGAGCGACAUGGUGGAGGCGGAUCUGCGCGAGCUUCGAGUCGACAAUUGGCCCGAGACACAGGACCGAGAAAAGUGGCGCUGUCUUGUGUCGGAGGGCAAGUCUCAUCACGGAGUAAGUAAGUUUAUUCAAAACGCCUGAUGGAAUGCUACAUGCAAAGUUUCAUGAUUUCGUUAUAACUAUCAUAAAGGAGUAAAGCGCUUAUUUUUUAUAUGUUCAUGCGACCAGCUGACGUUCUUUCUACAUUACGAUACAACCGUCUGACGAUUUUUUAAAUUCACAAUACUAUUGUUCCGUCGACGGGAGGCGACGACUACAUUUUUUUUACUUGUUUGGCUGCCAUUCUUCAACCCACCAACGGAGCGGCAGCUGACGUCCACGAGGGUUCAUAAUACAUAUCCGUUACCCACUAGACUUAUCGCCCCGGAGGCGAUUGGUCAUGGAAAUCUGUUCCUGGCUCGCGUCUAUUAAAACUGCGUUUUCACUUAAUGUUCUGAGUAAACAUUUUGUUUUGAGCAAAUGUUUGCUUCCUAAUUCACUAUUGGAGCAAGUGUGUCCAUUAACGGAACGAACAAACGAUUGCGCGCUCAAAACUAUUCAAAACACUAUGCCUAGCGUUUGGUACGGAAGAAUUUCCAAAUAAAGUUUUGUAUUGAAUUAUCGGUAAUUUUGUACAAACCAUGCGAAAAAGGAAUUGGCAAGUUGUCCUGCUUCAGUCAAACAACAUUGUUAAUUGUAACCUAAGUACUAAAUGAGAAUGCAAAUAGAGGCGCCUAACAAAACUAUGAGAGAUUAGUUAAGAUUGAAUCAUUUAAAAUAAUAAUUUGCGUUGUACAAAUAUACAUAUUAUUCAA